UGAAAGACAAGGAUUGACUUUAAUUUGAUCAAAUGUUGACGAGUUGUUGAAAAAUCCAGAGUUCAGCCUGGAUUAAAAUGUUAACAGAUCUUUCUCUGUUGGAGGGUUUAGACACGCUCUGUCAAGUACAAAGGCAUUAUCAGGAAUGAGCCAACUUUAACGGUCAGUACUGCUACAGUAACUGAUCAGACACACCCUUCAGUGAAGCUGCAGCAGGCAGACAGGAGUUUGAGCCUCUGUCUUCAGUGAUGUAAUGGUUUCAAACCAUUGUGGUACUGCCAAGGAGGCGCUUGUGUCGGUGUGCCCUAUUUAACUGUGAGGCACAAAAAGGAAGUGCUCCUCUGAGAAGAAACCGACAUAAGAACACGCAUGAAGUUGUGCAUAACCACACAGAGUCACAGGACCAGAAACACACACACACACAGAUGGACAGAAAACUGAAAUGAAAGUGCAAAGAGGCGCCAUAAGAAACACAGGAAGCUCUACAGCAACUUCAUGGACUGAAAAACUAAAGAUUUUCCACUCAUUCGACAGCUUACCUAGUUUCAAACACUGAGUGGUUGGACAAGAUGGACAAGUGCGAGAUGUUCGGAGGCUUCGAGCUGGAGGCAGAYGACAGAACAGAGGAGGAGAGGUCCCGGCAAAGAGGUACAAAGGGGGACGGUUUGGCCCCCAAGGCUCCUAUGGACACGGACUACCAGGAGGAGAUAGAGGAACCCAAAUGCAAAAUCCGAUUCAAUCUGGGAUUUGACAAAGGGAUUCGAGGUGAACAGCCGGCGGAACACAGAGAUGACUCUGCUUUUACCAUCGAACGGUUAUUUGAAGCUGCGGCAAGUAGGGACGUCCAAAAACUGGAUGGCCUUUAUGACUACUUGCAUCGAAACAUGAAGAAACUCUCAGACUCUCUGUAUCAGUCCUACGGCAAAACUGCCCUGAUGAAAGCUCUGCUGCACCUCAGAGACGGCAAGAACGAGACCGUAGACGUGCUCAUCGACAUUUCAGAGAGGCUGGGCGACAUCCAGAAGUUUGUGAACGCAGCUUUUACCAACAGCUACUAUAAAGGUCAGACAGCUCUACAUAUAGCCAUUGAGAGAAGGAGUUUAUCCUACGUGAAGCUGCUGAUCAGUAAAGGAGCAGACGUUCAUGCCAGAGCCUGCGGAAAGUUCUUUCAGCCACACGAUGGCCCUUACUUCUACUUUGGCGAGUUGCCCCUGUCUCUAGCAGCCUGCACAAACCAGCCUGACAUCGUGGAGUACCUGAUGGUGAACGAGUACCAGCAGGCAGACCCCAAGCUGGUGGACUCUCAGGGCAACACGGUGCUGCACGCCCUGGUGAUGGUGGCAGUCGACAAGACAAAGAAAUCGAAGGAGAACACAGCAUUUAUCGCCGCCAUAUAUGACCAGAUCCUCAAGAUCACCAACAGACUGCACCCCAAGCUGAAGCUGGAGGAUGUCGAGAACCACAAAGGACUGACUCCUCUCAAGCUGGCCGCAAGGACCGGCAAGACUGAGCUCUUCUCGUACAUCCUGAAAAGGGAAUUCCAGGAGAAUCACACCAAACAUCUGUCCCGUAAGUUCACUGAGUGGGUGUAUGGACCUGUCCACUGCUCCCUGUAUGACCUGGCCUCGGUCGACUCGUACGAGGACAACUCUGUCUUGGAGAUUCUGAUCUACGGCAGUGACAUUCCUAAUCGUCACAAGAUGCUGGAGACAGAGCUGCUGAGCCGACUGCUGGAGGACAAGUGGAAGAGGUUUGCAGGUCGAAUGUUCCUCCUCAACUUCCUGCUUUACCUUCUGUACCUGAUCGUCUUCACUCUUGUGUCCUAUAAUAAGAAGAACAGGGUGCCACCGUUUGUCAUUGAGAACACUAUCGAGGAUUGCCUGUAUGUUUCAGGCCAGAUGCUGACAACUUUAGCAAACUUGUAUUUCUUUUUUAUUGGGUUUGUAGACAUGAAGAGGAAACGACCAAAGAUGAAAACGCUGCUGGUUGAUGGAUACUAUGAGAUUCUCUUUUUUGUGCAGGGCUUCCUGUUCCUGGUCUCAGUAGGGCUGUAUCUGUCGGGGCGGCAGGAGUACCUCGGCUUCUUGGUGGUGUGUCUUGCUCUCAGCUGGGUGAACAUGCUGUACUACUCCAGGGGUUACGAACACAUGGGCAUCUACAGUGUCAUGAUACAGAAGAUGAUUCUCAGUGACAUCCUGCGAUUUAUUUUUGUCUACAUCGUCUUCCUCUUUGGAUUCUCAGCAGCGGUGGUGACGCUGCUCAUAGAGCCUCCUGUGGUGAAAAAUACUACAGGGAAGUCGAGAACUUUAUUCACCACCACUGCACCUAAUGAGGACUGCGUCAAACCCACCUUCAGAAACAUCUCCUACACGAUCCUGGAGCUCUUCAAGUUCACCAUAGGCAUGGGCGACAUGGAGUUUGCCCAGGAUUACCAGUAUGGAGAGGUCUUCUAUGUGCUUCUCAUCGGAUACAUCAUCCUUACCUACAUCCUGCUGCUCAACAUGCUCAUCGCCCUCAUGAACCGCACUGUGGAAAACAUCACAAAAGAGAGUGCCAGCAUCUGGAAGCUGCAGAGGGCAGUCACCAUCCUGGACAUGGAGAAAAGGUUGCCCUGCUGUCUGAAGAAGGGGCUUCGCUGCGGAGUGAAGAAAAAUCUGAACACUGCUCUCGGAACUGACAGCCGCUGGUGUUUCAGAGUGGAGGAGAAAAACUGGGACAAAUGGAACACCAAUCUGUCCAAAAUCAACGAGGACCCGGGCUGCUGYGACGGGAUCCCGCAGUCCGACUCCGAAACCUCUCCCAGGAGAAAAAACCGAGGGAGGAGCCUGAGAGGGCUGUUCAAGGACAGCAAUAGGUGGAGGAACACAUCUGAGUCCACAGAGAUGAGACACCUGUAUUAAUAUCUAAAAAAAAGUGUUUCAGCAUGGCUGCUCAGCUGGGAGAAGACAAUCAACCAAUGAACAGAGUUCUGUUUAUCGUCCUGAAGAGAAACACGAGGAACAGUUAUUUCUGUGCAUCUGAUUGAUAUAAUAGUUAAACAGACUGUCGCCUCAAACCCAAGUGCAACAUGAAACUCAGAUUUGAUCCUUUUUAUCCAAACGGGCUGUUUCUGCAYGGGAGCUGCAUGCACAUCCUCCGGCAGGGCUCAGAAAUGUGCGCCRGGAGUAAUACUGAUCACAAAAGGUGCUGAUCCCGCUCUCCUGCUGCGUGCCCUUUAUCCAAGUCUCAUUUUCAUCACAGCCAGACAAGCUAAAGCUACCGCAGCCGCAAAAAAAGUCCUGCAGAUUUCACAGCUUGCAUCGUCUGCUCUGCUUCCCCCGGCUGUACGAGGCUGAGGCAGGCCGGGAUAAAGGGCAGCCGAGAGAUGAGCAACAAUCAGCUGCAGAGGGCUCAGGUGGGCCCGGUUUGCCACCCGAAACACAAACCUCACCGAGUUGACUCAAAGCAUAAAUUAGAACUUUAUUUUAUUAUUACAAUAUUACAAAAAGAGUAGCACAACUCUUGCCUCUUCUCCGUCGUACAGAAUGACACAAAAAAGAAAGGCCGGCGAGCCUUCUUCCUUUUUUCACAGCAAUAGUACAGGAAACAAAGAGGAAAAUAAAAUUUAAAUAACAAAGCAGAUCAAGUAUCAUAAAUAGUCACAACUGCAAACUGAAGCUUUUAAAACUGGAAAACAAAAUCAAAGAGUUACAGCUCAGUAACUACACAUGGCUAAAAAUAUAUAAGUACAAAUUAUUACUCUUCUUUUCUUUCCCCCUCUAGAAGGAAUCACUAAGGAAUUGCGCUCUGAAACAAAACUUCAUUAAAAAUAAUUUUUAAAAAAGGCAAAUAAAAUAAAAACAAAAAAAUUAAGAAUUGCUGUUUCUGUUUUUCCUUACCAUCCUCUUUUUCACUAUUUGGGUUUUUUCGUUUAUUAAAACCAUGCUCAUUGUCAAAGGAAAGUCCAAGGACCAAACACUUAAGGCUUUUUAAGGGCUAUUAGGGAGUUUGGUGAACAAAACAUAGGUGUUGUGUUAUUAUACACACACACACCAUCACGCACACACUCAUUUUUACCUGUGCCCACAUCAGCAGGCGACGUUCACACACAAUCAUUAAAAGUUACAGUAGUCUAGUAGGUAAGCCAGUGUACAAGAAAAUAAACAAUGCAUUUGCUGUUUCACUUUUAACUCAGACCUCCAGGUGAUCUUGCAAGUGAUCAAUUUGGUCUUUUUUUUUUCUCCACGCAGACUUCACAUCAGAAAUCAGUAGCAACUACAGCUUGGCUUUAGACUCAACACAUCACUAAACAUUUAUUUCUUCCUUUACAAAGCCAACCCAUCUCUUUCUAUAUCUGCAAAAGAAAACUAAAAAAAAA